AUGUUAAUUGAUGAUCAAAAUAAAGAAUUAUUGGAAUUACAACAACGAAGAAGAGAAUUAGAAUAUGAAAACUAAAAAAUUAGAGCAGAUUUAUUCCGAUUAAGACGAAAUCUAGUAUUUAAUUGUAUUGAUUAAUUCUAUCAAAAAGUUCACAGAGAAGAAGUGAAAGAAUCAGAAUAAGAUGAUGAGUGUGAGAAAGAAUAAAUUAAAUAUAUAUUGACCCAUUCCUCAGAUCAUAUUCAGAAAAGAGAAGCAGAAAUAACAUUCUUAGACAACCCUAGAAGAUUAAUUCUAAAAGGAUAAAGUGAUUGUGCAGAUAAAGAUAACACCAAAGAAUUUUACACUUUUUCAUAUUCUAUAUUACUUAAUGAAGAAUUAGAAGAAAACCCAAAAAUUAUUGCUACAGAUUCAAAAAUUGAAAUUAUAUUUGACAAGAACCAUAAAAAUAGAAAAUAAUUGAUUUAAUAAAACUAAUGA